CCAUAAUGUCUGAAAUUUCACUCAAAUACAACGGCACUAUACCUUUUAUCGCUUUUGGUACUGGCACAUCACUGUUUAAGCAAAGUGCCUACGAUGGUGUUCGUCAAGCACUCAACAAAGGUGUUAGACAUAUAGACACUGCUCAGAUUUAUGGAAACGAAGAUUCAGUUGGACAGGCUCUUAAGGAUAGCGGUGUUAGUCGUUCUGAGUUAUUCAUCGCAACAAAAUACGGUGGUGGUCGUGACGUACGUUCAGAAUUCAAUGACUCAUUACGCAAGCUUCAAUUGGAAUAUCUCGACUUGUACAUAGUUCACUGGCCAAAGGUAGUUGAACAAUCCGGUGGAUUGGCAGCCACUUGGAGUGAAUUCGAGAAACUCAAGUCAGAAGGACUUGUGAAACACAUUGGUGUAUCAAAUUUCGACAACAAUGAUCUUGAUGAGCUACUCAAGACAGCUAAGGAAUAUCCAGAAGUCAACCAAAUUGAACUCGGUCCAACCUGCUGGAAGAAGGUUGAGCAUAUCUACAAGCGUAAUGCUGAAUUGGGUAUAGUUGUAGAAGCAUACGGCGCACUUGCUGCACUCACUUCACCUAAAUCUGACUUAGACAAUUUAUUCAGCCAGCUGGGCGAGAAGUACGGUCUAUCCAAGGGUGCUAUCAUUCUUCUCUGGUUAAAAUCCCAUAAGAUCGUUGCAGUUACAACGACCUCCAAAGAUGAGCGUUUUGAGGAAUACAACAAGGUUUACGCUAGCACACUCGAAGAAGUUGACGGAGAGGCUAUUUCUAAGCUUGGAAAGCAAUACUUGGAUGUAAAAUUCCCAGAGCACCUCUCAAAUGUUGUUGUAUAAUUCUUUGAUUUUGUUAUCAAUUGUUAGAUUGUUACG